UCAUCUCUGCACUUGGGCGUUGGACUCCGCAUCUUAUUAGCAACAAGGGAAAUUUCUCCAUUUUGCAGCCUACCUACAGCGACGCGGCCACCAAUCUGGAAUUUUAUUACCACUCACCUGCCAGCGCGUUCCUGUUGUUAAAAAAAAUCUUGAAUCCUGGUGAUUCUUACCGGACUUUGCUUUACAUUUCCCCUGUGAACUUUCCUCUGUGCAGAAAACAGGGAGAGAGAGUGGGAGACAGCAGUGAAGAGCUUUGCGUCUCAACAAAGAGGCGUGUGGGUCUUUGUUCGGGAUUCUUUUUUGGGGGGGAUCCGAGUUUCUUUGUUGGAGCGAAAAGCAUGGGAGCGCCUCUGUCCAAGACAGCUGGGAAGGCUGAUACCGCAGCAGAAAAUCCGGGAGAGGCUGUUGCUUCACCCACCAAGAGCAACGGACAGGAAAAUGGCCAUGUCAAAGCCAAUGGGGACGCCUCUCCUGUGGCGGCUGAGAAUGGCAAAGAAGAGGUGAAGGUCAAUGGCAGCGCCACAGCUGAGGAGAGCCCCAAGGAGGAGGCUGAGAAGGCAGAGGCUGCCCCUGUUGAGGCAAAUGCUGCGGAUGGAGAGAAGGUAGAGGCAGCGGCUCCUGCUGAGGAAGAAGCAGCUAAGGCGGAGGAUGGCGCCACGCCUUCCACCAGCAAUGAGACACCCAAGAAAAAGAAGAAGAGGUUCUCCUUCAAGAAGUCGUUUAAGCUGAGCGGGUUUUCUUUCAAGAAGACCAAAAAGGAGACUGGAGAGGGGGCUGAGAACGAGGAGGCGGCGACAGAUGCUGCUCCAGCAGCAUCCACAGAAGAGGCCAAGGCUGAGGGCACAGAGGAGGCCGUGGCUGCUAGUGAGGAGGACAAACCCACUGAGGGGGAGGCCGCACCUGCUGCAGAGCAGGCCAAGGAGGAAGUGGAGGCCAAGCCAGAGGCAGUAGCAGCAACAGAGAAACCUGCCAAGGAGGCCAAGGAGGCUGCCCCUGCGGAGGAGCCACAGCCAGAGAAGAAGCCGGCCGAGCCUGCAGCAGAGGAAGCACCCAAAACAGAGGAGGCAACCCCCGCCUCACAGGAAGCAGAAUCAGUAGGGGCUCCGGCUGCAGCUGCUGAGGCUGCUGAAUAAGUUCAGAAGGAGAGGAAGAAAUUUAAACAACAAAAAAGGAGAAAAAAAAGAUAAUCUCAGAACAUUACCCUGUUUGUAUGUGGGAGUGACGCCAGGUCUUGGCUUUGAAGAACUUGUCUGCAAGCAGGGACGUUUUAAAGCUUUUCUUUAUUUUUUAUUUUUUGGUUUCCAUUCCCCCUCCACACAAAACCCAUCUCAGUCCAUUGUUACUUCCAUUCCAGCGGGCUAGGGAGGUGGGUGGCUUCAACACGUACAGCAGAUUAAAUACAUCCACACUCUGCCAUAUAUUUUUCAUCAGUAUUAAGUUUUUUUUUAUGAAUUUUUAUACAAAAUGUUAAAAUGCCCAUGGUAUGAAGGAGACAGGGGCUGAUUGAGCUGUAAAUGAAGCGGGAGGUGAGUUCAGGCAGGGCAGGUGGGGAGGCGGCCUGGGAAAUGUGCUGCAGACUAUUAUGAAAAGAGUAGUCUAAAAAACUAUAAGACCAACGCCUACGUACAGCAUAGGGUUUACAACACUAAGUCAUUCCUUCGAUAGAAGAAUCCCACAAUUAUUUUUUUUUUAGGAACAUCAUAUAAACUCAUAGGAGCUUUUUCACUUCUCAUUAGCUGUACUCAGUCAGUGAUUCAGUAGAAAUUCAAGUUGUAUAGGCUUUAUUGUUCAUUGUUGGUUUUAUGACCUUAAUAAAAAAAUGUAAGUAUGUAUAGGCAGGGUGUUUUUAACUGUGAUUAUUGUACAAAAUGAAAUCUGGAGCUCAAGAAGCACAUGAAGUUUGCAGCUCUUUUUUUCCCACCCGCUCAUUUUUGUAAGAUAAUGACCAACACACAUACACACACAGAAAAAAAGUCAUCCCGGAAAAUACCUUCUUCAGCAAUUUUUAACUCCAAAACCAAGCUGUGAUAAGUGGAAUGGUUAACUGUUUAUAUACUGUGGUAUGUAUUUUUGAUUACAGCAGGCAAUGCUUUUUCAGUGGUCUUUGACAAAAUUUUCAUUAAACCUAUCAGAUGCAAAUGUUUGUGUAGCAUCUUGUCUCUCUCGCUCUCUUUUCUUUCCUUUUGUAAAUACUGGAGAAGCAUUACCCAAUUUGACUUAGAGAUGGAAUGUAACUUUGCUUACAAAAAAAUGCUAAUAAACUCCUCUGCUUAAGGUGUUCUCAAUUUCUGUGAGCACUAUAAAAGCAAAAAUAAAUGUGAAUAAAAUUUUAGCUACA